AAGAGAGAGAGAGAAUUAAAAUAAAGUAUCAAAGGAAGUCCAAGAAUUGUCUAAUAUUUUUUACCUCCGAUUUCACAUGGCGUCUUGGGCUUCUCUUCUCUCCCACAUUUUUUGGUGUUUCUUUUCCCUCACAUUCUCUCUCCUCGGUAGUUAGCUCUCUUUCUUUUUCAAUGCCAUUGAAGGCUGUUGACUGAACAGUUAACGGAGAUUCCUCAGAUCUACAGUGAAAGCCUUUCGCUAUUCUCACUCCCAAUUCUUCUUCUUCUUCGGAGGGUGGCCUUUUAUUCAUCCACAAAAGGUUUGCCUCUUGAUGGGCCUCUCUUUAAACUCAAUUCUAUAUUUUGUUGGUGACCUGAUUGGGAACUUCUGGCCAAAUAAAGCUGCAGCAUACUUUCUGCAUUGGAUUUUCUCCGGUUCUAUUAACUCUAUCUCCUGGAUUUGAAAUGUUGCACAAGAUAUAAUGCAGCAUACUCAUAAUUUCUUGCAUUUUGUACUUCAAAAUGCCCCCGUUGUCAUUGGCCAUCAGGAUACAGAGUUGCGCUAUCGCUUUAUCUAUAAUCACUUUCCAAGUUUGCAUGAGGACGACAUUAUUGGAAGAACAGAUGUUGAAAUUUUUACUGGAGCUGGUGUUAAAGAAUCUCAAGAUUUCAAGAGAGAAGUACUGGAAAAAGGAUUACCAGCAAAGAGGGAAAUUACAUUUGAGACGGAAUUAUUUGGGUCAAAGACAUUUCUGAUAUACGUGGAACCCGUCUUUAGCAAGGCAGGGGAGACAAUUGGUAUAAAUUUUAUGGGAAUGGAUGUAACUGAUCAGGUAAGCAAACGAGAGAGGAUGGCAAAACUUCGAGAGGAAAUAGCAGUACAAAAGGCCAAUGAAACAGAACUGAACAAAACAAUUCAUAUAACAGAGGAGACAAUGCGAGCAAAACAAAUGCUAGCUACAAUGUCCCAUGAGAUAAGAUCUCCUCUAUCUGGAGUUGUUAGCAUGGCUGAGAUUCUUUCCACCACAAGAGUUGAUCAGGAGCAACGGCAACUGUUGGAUUGCAUGCUAUCUUCUGGAGAUUUAGUUCUUCAACUUAUAAAUGACAUCCUUGACCUUUCGAAAGUUGAGUCAGGAGUAAUGAAGUUGGAAGCUACAAAAUUUCGGCCUAGACAGGUAGUAAAGCAUGUGCUUCAGACUGCUGCAGCAUCAUUGCAGAAAAUUUUGACCUUGGAAGGACAUGUAGCAGAUGAUGUUCCUAUAGAGGUCAUUGGGGAUGUUCUAAGGAUUCGACAAAUUCUCACCAACUUGAUCAGCAAUGCUAUCAAGUUUACUCAUGAAGGAAAAGUUGGGAUAAACCUUUAUGUGGUACCAGAUCCAUCUUCUGUAAAGGGAGAAGGAUGUCAUCAGAAGUUGACUGCAGAUGAGUCCACAUUUUCAGAAAAUGGGCGUAAAGAAGAGAAAUGCCUAUCAACAUCUCAAACUACUGGUGAUUGGAAAGGUACCCAUGGUCAAAGACACAUUGAAGGUCCUUGCCGAAAUCAAUCAUCAAGUGAUGAACCUAGAACCCCAUAUAAGAGUAAAGUCUCAGUAGAUAGAGAUAAUGAGGAGCAACCUCAUUCUCCUGAAACAAAAGUGUGGAUACGCUGUGAUGUGUAUGCCACAGGAAUUGGAAUACCAGAAAAUGCUUUACCUACACUUUUCAAGAAGUACAUGCAAGUUAGUGCGGAUCAUGCUAGAAAGUAUGGUGGGACUGGACUAGGACUAGCAAUAUGCAAACAACUGGUUGAGCUGAUGGGAGGUCAUCUCACGGUGUCAAGCCAAGAACACUGUGGAUCUACUUUUACGUUUGUACUACCUUACAAGGUUUCAACCACAUCUGAUAAUUCUGAUGAGCUCUCAGAUAUGGCUGAUCAUAAUGCGGCAACUGAAGAAGCUACUGAGAGAUUUUUUCAAUUUCAGCCUCGCACUUUGGGUUCACUAUUCUCUUCUAAUGGGCCCAGCAGGACUAAUAUGGGGUAUACUAGUAAACUCAAUGGGUUCUCAGACAAUUCUUAUUCAUUUCCUUCUAAUAGUAUCAGAUCAAAGGAGACAGCUUCAGUUGAGGAGGCCUGUUCUGUGGUUGAUGAUGCAGAGACACUACGUCAACCAGAGAGUUCAUCAAGCCAUAGCCCAGACCCUGGUAACCAAGAUACAGUUUGUAGAGGCAAACUAUGUCAAGAUGACACAAAUUCUCAGUUCCAAAAUCCUAUUAUAGAUUCCACUCAUUACAAAGAAGCAAACAGAGAAGUCAUUGUAGCAGCAAAGACAAGAGAACCCCAAGGAACAUGUCAGAGGCUGGAGAAAUCUGACAUAAGUUCCCAGUGCGUUUCUAGCAGCAGUACGGGAGUACCCAAAUCAACAAUAAAACCUAAGAUCCUUCUCGUUGAAGAUAACAAGACCAUCGUAAUGGUGACACAGUCAAUGAUGAAGCUGUUAGGCCAUAGCAUAGAUGUUGUGAAUAAUGGAGUUGAAGCUGUGUGCGCAGUUCAGCAUCAUAAUUAUGAUCUCAUUUUCAUGGAUGUCUGCAUGCCAGUUAUGGAUGGCCUUCAAGCUACAAGACUAAUUCGUUCUUUUGAGGAAACUGGUAAUUGGGAUGCUGCAGUGAAGGCAGGAAUCGAACAAGCUGUGUUUUCGGAUUCAUUACAAAAUGGUCUGGGUUCUACACCAUCUGCAAAGCGGAUGCCAAUCAUAGCGAUGACAGCAAAUGCAUUGGCAGAGAGUGCAGAUGAGUGUUUGGCAAAUGGUAUGGACUCAUUCGUGUCAAAGCCUGUAACUUUGCAAAAAUUGAAAGAGUGUCUUGCAGAAUAUCUACCAUGAUAUCUCUUGUAAAUUAAUGCUUGUGUAUAAAAAUUAAAGCGUGUUAGGAAAGUUUUGUAACCAAUAUGCAUCAUCAUGUUCUUCUCAACCGCUAGUAUCUCCUCAGAAGCUGUACAGGUCUAUGUCUUUCUUUUUUGCCUCUCUCCAAGAGCCUUUAACACUGUUCUUCUAAGGAUGGGAGGCAUCUGCGAACUUUAGUUAGGAAAUAGGAAGUGAAAGCACAGGCAGAAAGUGUUUUAUGAAAAUAUGCUGGCAUGAAAUAUGAUUGGAUAUGUUGACAGUAAAGUCUUCCUUUUAUAUUCUCA